AUCCAACGAGCAUAGCAACUGUCAUUUCAGGUCGGUAAAGUAUAUGGAAAUAGGGUUACUAGAUCGCUACCUAGAUUAAGCAAAAACACACUUGCAUCUGUAAGCUUUAUCAUUUUGUCUGCAGUCGUAUUUCUAAAAUAAAAAAACUAUUUAACGAAAAUAGAAAAAUAUAAAAGGGGUGUGACAGGUUAGCGUAGCUGUAGACGCGAGCAGGUCAAGCUGCCUGUACUAGAGGCACGCCACCAGGCUAUGUACUCUUUAAAGCCAGUGGUCAAGAAAAAAACGAAGGAGAUUGUAAAAAGGUAGACUUUUAGGGGUUUCCGAGUGGUGAUCCACGAAAGUAUACGAAACCCCAUACAGAGGAAUUACCAUUUAUUUGUUGGCAAGCCGCUGACAGCAGCGGAGAAGAGAAUGUGAAGACCAGGGAAGCACGUAGCUGCGUUUCUAAUGGUUUUCGAAGAGGAGAUGUGUGGGAAGGACACGGUGAUGUGCCAAUGGCGGGUCUACAGUGACAGACCUGCCUGCAAAGACCAACAGAAGGAUAGGCAGCAGUCGAGGAGAGGGGAUAACAGCAAGCUUAGUUGGGCAAAGAAUGGGAGAAGGCAGCAGGGGUAUCGAGGAAAGAGAGGAAGGGUGCAUGGGCAUCUUCACCAUCAUCAUCAUCACACUCAACACCCUAGCCAGUUCUACAGACAGAACCGACCACCCCAGAGACCGCCUCAUUUGAUGACGUCACUGCGCCCUGUCAACAUCAAGGGCAAUAGGGCGCCAGGUAUGAGGGCACCGAGGAACACCAACCAGUUCCUGAUGCACGAGAAAUACCAGAUGAUGCAUAUGCGUUCGGAUUCCAUCGGCACAGAUAGUGGGUCUGACUGCGAAACCGACUUUACGGACAUGGACUCGUAUCUAGGUGUGCUGGAGAACGCCAGGGGCGCUCUCCUCGACAGUCCAGAUAUCGGUCCGACACCAGCAGCGCGGUUUGUCCCCCGACAACUGCCCAAGUGCCAACAGUUCCCAUUCUUCAGUUUGGGGGACUUGUACCAAGAGGCGCAGGAGAGUAACAGUAUGCAGUAUUUCCCGUCAGAAAACGACGUGAUGCAGAGUGAAGACUUCAUGCGGAGAGACUUUAAUGACUUUUGUGACACAUUCAGUGGGACCGAACCACCCAUAGACUUGUAAAGGGACCUGGUAUGUAGUGUAUAUUGUGUCUAUGUUUACAUUAAGUGUAUAUCAGGAGAGAAAACAUACCUCAGUUCAACAGGUAUUUACUAAUGUUACAAUAUAUGAUUGUUUUCCGAUACUGUUUAUGGUGUUAUUGACAAUGCCUUAUUGAGGGAGUGGUUUACUGGGUAGGAGUGAGAGCCACGAACCAAUGAUAUUCGUGCUCGUUAGAUUAUUCUAAUCUAAGCACUAUUGCUUGGGACUGUCAUUGUCAUGAUCCAAAAAUAUUCAAACAAUAAAGAACUGGUUAUUUUAUGUA